ACCAGUUGUGGAAAGCGCCUCAUCGCCACCAUGAACUUCUCCGGCAAAUACCAACUGCAGAGCCAGGAAAACUUUGAGGCCUUCAUGAAGGCCAUUGGCAUGCCAGAUGACCUCAUUCAGAAAGGGAAGGACAUCAAGGGGGUGACAGAAGUCGUGCAGACCGGCGACCACUUCAAAGUCAUCAUCACCACCGGCACCAAAGUGAUCACGAAUGAGUUCACCUUGGGAGUGGAGUCUGAGAUAGAGACCAUGACAGGAGAGAAGGUCAAGGCUGUGGUUAAGAAGGAAGGUGACAAUAAGCUGGUGACAUCUUUCAAAGGCAUCACGUCUGUGACUGAGAUCAAUGGUGACACUGCCACCCAUACCAUGACCCUGGGCGAUAUUGUCUUCAAGAGAGUGAGCAAGAAGAUCUAGACAAAUCUGCAGUCCCUAUUCUUUUACUAUGUAAAAUUAAUGUAAUAAAGUGAA